UUCACCAAACCAACAGUACUCGUAACAUACCUUCUCCUCACCAUCUAAACACAUCACCAAGCUUCCCGCCUUCCCAACACUCACCACUCAAAAUGAAGACCUCAUUCACUUCCGUUUUCUCCCUCAUCGCAGUCGUCGCUGCCAUCCCGACCACUCUUGCCUCUCCCAUCAGAGAAAACGCUUUAGAAGCCCGCGGCGCCAGCGUGCCACCGGUACCGGGCAACAACGAGAGCUGGCACUGCUCCACCCAGGACGACUCACCCGGAACAUCAAACAUCCAAGUCGGAGCUGACCGCAUGUCGACCUGGAACAAGUACUGCGGCGCGAACUCCGAUGGUAGCGCCGCGCGCAUGGCUGCUGGAGACGGCUACUCGCUCUUCAUAAAGGGAGUCCACGGUCAAGACGGCAGCUUUCCCUGUGCGGAUCUCGCCUCUCUAUUCAUCAAGAUCAAGGCCGUCUGCGGCAAGAACAUCAACGGAGAUGUGAGGGCUGGCGGUAGCAUCUGGGUUCCUGGCUACGAAGGAAGAACCUAUGUCUACGCCACCGCCGACAGCAAGUGA